UGACCAAGCUGCUGCCCGCCGCCAUCGACUUAUAUUUCACUCCCACCGCUUCCUUUCACCACCGCGCUCCCACUUCGUCUCUGCUCUCUUCUUGAGCUCGAAGAACAGAUCUAUUCUCCUCUCUCUCAUUGUGCUUGCACCCCAAUCCGGUGUCCUCUCCGAGGAUCUACAUUAACAAUGCGUCUCAACGCCCGCACCGCCUCGCUGAUCCUCUCCUACAUAGCUCUGCUUGGCCAAGUCCAUGCUGAGAGCGAGGCCACAAAGGAAGAGCCAACUGCCACUUCUAUCAGUAGGCCAACAUUCACGCCUACCACAUUGAAAGCUCCCUUCUUGGAACAAUUCACAGACGAUUGGCAAACGCGAUGGACCCCUUCCCACGCGAAGAAAGAGGACUCUAAAUCGGAAGAGGAGUGGGCAUACGUCGGAGAAUGGGCCGUCGAAGAACCAACCGUCUUCAAGGGCAUUGAUGGCGACAAGGGAUUGGUGGUGAAGAAUGCUGCCGCUCACCAUGCCAUCUCCGCCAAGUUCCCUAAAAAAAUUGAUAACAAGGGCAAGACUCUUGUCGUUCAGUACGAGGUCAAGCUUCAGAACUCCUUGGUUUGCGGUGGCGCGUAUAUGAAGCUACUCCAGGACAACAAGAAGCUUCAUGCUGAAGAGUUCUCUAAUGCUUCUCCUUAUGUUAUCAUGUUUGGACCUGACAAGUGCGGAGCCACUAACAAGGUUCAUUUUAUCUUCAAGCACAAGAACCCAAAGACCGGUGAAUAUGAAGAGAAGCAUCUUAACAAUGCUCCGACUGCUCGCGUUUCCAAACUAUCCACCCUCUACACCCUUAUCGUCAAGCCAGACCAGACAUUUCAAAUUCAAAUCAAUGGUGAGGCUGUCAAGAAUGGAACUCUCCUUGAAGACUUCCAGCCUCCUGUCAACCCUCCAAAGGAGAUUGAUGAUCCAAACGACAAAAAGCCGGCCGAUUGGGUCGAUGAGGCCAAGAUCCCAGAUCCAGAGGCCAAGAAACCGGAGGACUGGGAUGAAGACGCUCCCUUUGAAAUUGUUGAUACUGAGGCUAAGAAACCUGAUGACUGGCUGGACGAUGAGCCAAGCUCGAUCCCCGAUCCAGAGGCUCAAAAGCCUGAGGACUGGGAUGACGAGGAAGAUGGUGACUGGUUCGCUCCAACCGUUCCAAAUCCCAAGUGCGAGGAAGCCUCUGGCUGUGGAAAGUGGGAGCCUCCCAUGAAGAGAAACCCUGAUUAUAAGGGCAAAUGGACUGCACCUUUGAUCGACAACCCAGCGUACAAGGGCCCAUGGUCUCCCCGCAAAAUCGCCAAUCCGGACUUCUUCGAGGAUAAGAAGCCCGCUAACUUUGAGCCAAUGGGUGCUAUUGGCUUCGAAAUCUGGACCAUGCAAAAUGAUAUCCUCUUUGACAACAUUUACAUUGGUCACUCCAUCGAAGACGCGAAGAAGCUUAAGGCCGAAACAUUCGAUAUCAAGCAACCCAUCGAGGUUGCCGAGGAAGAAGCCGCUAAGCCCAAGGAUGAACCCUCUACUGAUUCUGGUCUCAACUUCAAGGAUGACCCAGUCAAGUACAUCCGCAGCAAGGUCGAUCAAUUCAUCCUCAUGGCAAAAGAUAAUCCAGUUGAGGCUGUCAAGACUGUUCCCGAAGUUGCCGGUGGUUUGGCCGCUCUCCUCAUCACGUUGAUCCUCGUUGUCUUCGGCGCUAUUGGUCUUAGCAGCCCUGCACCCGCUCCGGCUAAGAAGGACGCUGGAAAGGGAAAAGAGAAGGCCAAGGAAAAGGCUGCGGAAGCUGUGAGUACCGGAGCUGAAAACAUUAAGGCCGGUGCCACGAAACGAUCAAAGUCUAGUGAGUGAAUCAAGCGGGAAAAAGCGACCCUGCGCGUUCAUAUAUAGCAGCGGAUUUGAAAAUACUUCCCGGGAAAAAAAAAGUGCAUGGCUGGCCUCAUCUUGGGGAACAACACACGUAGGUAUUAUACGAUCGAGCAUGGAAGUAUGGCGCAUGUGCCAAUUGGUAUUAUAAUCGAGAAAGGCUUUUCCUUUGCAUGGUUCGUGGGGAGGUCUUAACUCGGGCCAUUUGACAAAUUGCCUUAUGGGAACUUGUAUGACUAUCAUGGAGUCGAAAUUACGGUGCAGAGUAAUAGUUUUAACUUUUUUUUUCCCCUUAUUUUUUGCUUCAAUCUGAUAGCGAUUUUCCUAUUUCUCUCGAAGCGUACCCCUGAAGGUUGGAAUUUGUAUGUCCUUUACAGACUAUUACAAGUUGCCGUUUCGGCCUUGCGACCUUGCUUUGGUGUCUUCUGUAUUAAAUACAUUCAUAAUUUCUAAUAUAAACCAG